UUUGGUUUGGAAAAUUGGACUUUCAGUUUUCGCUUUAGUCAAUAAAUAAGAUUAUAAUAAUAUUUUGAUAAGAAUGGUACGAAUAUAAUUUGUAAAAAUUUAAAGAACAAUCUGGCAUAGGAAAAUGGAAAAAAUUACAGUGAAAGUUAUUAUUUUGUACAUGUUUUUCCAACAAACCAAUUUACAGCUUUUGAUAAAUGUUAAGAAUCAGGGUGGUGAUGUAAUGCAAGAGGCAAUAGUGGCAAAUGUAUCAGAAGACACAGUGACUCUAGAAUUUUUACGCUCAGAUGGCGUAUUUGUAUCGCAACUCGUCGAUUUCACAAAUGAAGUUGAAGCGAUGAAAGUCAUAAUUCCUGGUGAAGAAGAGCUUGGACAAACGGGUUACCAAACUCUAUGUUUCUUGACUCAUGCUGCACAAGCUGAUUUUAUAGCCCCUGAUGCUAUGGCCAAAUUAAGACAGAAAAAUCCUGGAACUGUAAGAGUUGCAGAGGAAGACAAAGGUUGGCGACAGACAACAGCAACAGCAUGGGCUGGCCGCGCAACUCGCUUGCUGUCACCUGCAGCUGCUCGACAUUGUGCACCAGCAGGGGAUAAAGUUUAUUUGCGUACUUCGGACUUGAGUAGAUGGGCACCUCGGCCUGGUGUUGAACAAUCAUACACAGCAGAAGUUACACCAUUUCCUGCCAAUGCUCUGUCUGAAACAUCAGAUGGAUUUCCUGAGGUUGGAGUUUGUGUAGCAGAAACAAAUGCUACAAAAGCAUGCAUUUGUCACCUUGAGGUGUGUGUUAAUUGGUAUCCAUGUGGACUAAAGUACUGCAAAGGAAAACCUCAAGGAGGUCUGAGCUAUCGCUGUGGUAUCAAAACAUGUCGCAGAUGCUACAGAUAUCAUUUUUAUGUGAAAAGACGAGAAUCAUGUAUUACCUACAUAUGACCCCACGCAAGCCCAUUGGGCUAUAUUCUGUGCCAAGCUGUUCUAGUCCUUGUCUUAUUGCUGCAGUAUUUUUAUUAUAAUUUAUAAGUUAGCUUGCAAGCCAGUGUCUGACAAUAUAUGUGUAUAAUAUAAAACUUUUGGAAAAGAUUUACUCUAUCUCUAAUUAUUUUGUUAAUAAUAAAGUGUAAUUAUUGCAUA